CUCUCCCCACCCUAGUAGCACCUGGGUCUAGUUAACUUCUGCAUUCAUACCCUGUGCUCCCUUGUUUACAUCCUCAGUUUGGUUCAUUUCACUUUAGUUUUGUUCCACCUAUGUUACCAUGCUUUAGUUUUUAGUUAUGAUUACUUAAAUUAGAGUUUUUAGACCUCUUUGACCAGCUUUUGUGUCUGUACCUGCAUUUGGGUCUUUCUGCUCAACAUGACACAACUAACCAACCAAUGGACAGUAGUGAAAAGAUGACCUGCUUGGUGGAGCCAAAUGCGAUGGCUGAAUGAACAGUGCAUUUGUCAAGAAGGGUUCUUGUUGAAGACUGAGUGAAGAAACGAAAUGUCAAUUAUCUAUUGGACUGCCUACUUGAGAAGUUUGUCUCAGGUUAAGUCAUCCAUGGCGCUGGAAAAGCACAGUGAUUUGGAAGUUGCACAUUAGAGCCGGACUCCACAGAGCGAUGAGUUCACCCCCACGUGCAAAGGGAGGAGGAGGCAGGGAUCAAAUCUUUGAACCUCUGGGAAAUGAAAGACCCGCUCAUCCUCCUGAGCAACAGCCGCCGCCUAUCAAACAGCUGUUGCGGUGCUUGUGUCGACCAGCAGGUGGAGAAGUUUUGGAGUUUUUUAUUUUUUGGGACCCUCUAAACCAACCAUCCCCCCGCCCCUCCCUGUCCCGCCUCUGUCUGUGUCAUGCUGCUCCUGGUUAGUUCCUGCACCAACUUCAUUCCACUGCACAUAGGGAGAACACAUGUUGGACACUUAACAAGAGGCAGGACAUGCAGACAGAGUAGAGGAACAAAGCUCUCUCCAGACUGGACUCAUUCUCUCUGUCCUUGGAGUUUUCUAUCAAAUUCAGUUCUUUAUGUGUUCACAUCUCUGUGUCAAAGUACAAGACAGUAUCUGUGUGAGGUGUGAAUGGGAUUUUUAAGUGUUAGACAUGGAUCCAUCCUCUGCUGUGAGACAUCUUCUCCCGGUCCUUCUGCUCUCUCUUCACCUUCACUGCCACCUCCUUGUCUGGGCCGCGAUGGACUCCUGCUACGAUGAGGACGGCCUCCCCAGCCGCUGCAUGCCAAAGUUCGAGAACGUGGCCUUCAAUCACACCGUGGAGGCGUCCAACGUUUGCGGCUCCCCACCCGAGGACUACUGCAUGCAGACCGGCUCGACGCGCUCGUGCACCUACUGCAACGCAUCAGACCCAGAGCUGAGCCACAACUCCAGCCUCCUGACGGACUUCCACAGGAACGAGGAGCCUACGUGGUGGCAGAGCCAGUCCAUGUUCUAUGGGAUCCAGCACCCAACUUCUGUCAACCUCACCCUCCACCUGGGCAAAGCCUUUGAGAUUACCUACUUGCGAUUGAAAUUCUACACCAGUCGGCCGGAGAGCUUCGCCAUCUACAAGCGGACCAGUGAGAGCGGCCCCUGGGUGCCGUACCAGUACUACAGCGGCUCCUGUGAGAAAACCUACCAGAAGCAGGGCCGAGGCUUCAUCCGGACCGGCGAGGACGAGCAGCAGGCGCUCUGCACCGACGACUUCAGCGACAUCUCGCCGCUCACCGGUGGGAACGUGGCGUUCUCCACGCUGGAGGGACGACCCAGCGCGUACAACUUUGACCAAAGCUUGGUGUUACAGGAAUGGGUGACCGCCACUGACCUGCUCAUCUCUUUGGACAGGAUUAACACCUUUGGAGACGAGUUCUUCAAGGACGCUAAAGUGUUACGCUCGUACUUCUAUGCCAUCUCUGAUUUCUCUGUGGGGGGCAGAUGUAAGUGUAACGGUCACGCCAGCGAGUGCGUUGAUGGGGAACAUGGUGGCCUGGUCUGUUCCUGCGAGCAUCACACGGUGGGAGCCGACUGCCAGAGAUGUCACCCCUUCUACCAGGACAGACCGUGGGCCAGAGCCACUGGGGACUCCGCCAACGAGUGUCUGAAGUGCAACUGCAGCGAGAGAUCAGACCAGUGCGUGUUUGACAUGGAGCAGUACCGCAGCACCGGCAGUGGGGGGCGCUGCGUGAGCUGCAGAGACAACACCGACGGGCCCCAUUGUGAGCGCUGCAGAGAGAACCACCACCGGAAAUCCUCUCUAGCGCCCUGCCUUCCCUGCGACUGUAACGUCGACGGCUCGGUGAGUCUGCAGUGUGAUGUAGAAGGAAGGUGUGCGUGUCGAGUCGGCGUGACAGGGGAGAAGUGUGACACGUGUCGGGCGGGCUUUCACUCGCUGGGUCCUGGUGGCUGCAGACUGUGUGAGUGUAACCCCAGCGGGAUUGUGGACUUCUGCUCUCCUCUGGAUGGACGUUGUCACUGCAAGUCCAACGUGGAGGGACAGAGCUGUGACAGAUGCAAGCCGGGAUUUUUCAACCUACAACAGGAAAACCCAGGAGGCUGCCAGCCUUGUUUCUGCUUUGGCCACUCGCUGGCCUGCUCGUCGUCCGGUCACUUUGCUGCUGUCAACAUCACUUCUGACUUUAUGGAAGAUCAAGAUGACUGGUUGGGGAAGUUCUCUGAGGGACAAGAGUACCCCCUGCUGUGGAAGGAGGGAGAAGUGUACCUGCUGCCCCUUAGCGAGGAAGACAUCGGUGUCUACAAAGCUCCUGAGAAAUUCCUGGGUCGCCGUGAUCACAGCUACGGCCAGCUCCUCUCCAUCACCUUCACCUCCGAGACCCCCGAGCUGCUCCCCGACCACGUCGCCCUUUACCUCCAAGGCUCCGGUAUCACCUUGUCUGCCGACAUCUCACCGCAACCAGUGCUCCACCACAACCCCGGCCGCUCCCCAUGGCACUCCUUCGUCGUCAGGCUCCAUGAGUCCAGAUUCAAACCUACGUUGUCUGCGUUUCAGUUUCAGCAUCUCCUGUACAACCUGACUGCCAUCAGCAUCAGCAACGCUGGAGGACACAAUUACACAUCACAGCUCUCGGCUGUAUCCCUGACCUCUGCUUUAAUCUCCACCGGUCCGGCCAGCCCUCCUGCUCCAUGGGUGGAAUCUUGCUCCUGCCCCCCAGGUUUCGCAGGGCAGUUCUGCGAGUGGUGCGCCCCAGGAUUCACGUGGGAAGUCCCUGCAAGGGGGCCUUUCUCAACAUGCGUGCCGUGCAGCUGCCACCAGCACGGAACCUGCCAUCCCGAGACAGGUGUGUGUGACUGCUCAGACUUCACCGCCGGGACGACCUGUGAACGCUGCCUGGAUGGUUACUAUGGCAACGCUUUGAUUGGCACGCCUGGUGAUUGUCAGCCUUGUCCUUGCCCGGACCGUACCAGCUGUGCACAAAUCGCGGAGACGGGACAGGUGGUCUGUACCAACUGUCCACCCGGACAGACAGGAAUGCGCUGUCAGAUGUGCGAAGACGGUUACUAUGGCGAUCCGCUGGGACAAUCUGGGGCAGUUCGGUCAUGUGUGAGAUGCGACUGCAACGGCAACGCAGACUUCAACGCGGUGGGAAUAUGUGACCGUGUCACCGGGAGAUGUCUGAAAUGCCUGGGACACACAGAGGGCGAGCACUGCCAACGCUGCCAGCGGGGUUUCUACGGCGAUGCGCUGAGCCAGGCAGCUGGUCAGAAGUGCAAGGCCUGCAGCUGCAACCCUGAUGGAACCUCAGGGCAUGUAAAUGAAUGCCACCCUCAGACAGGAGAUUGCCCGUGCCUCGCUCACGUGACCGGUCGGGAUUGCAGUUAUUGUGAAGUUGGCUUCUUCCAUCUCCAACCCAGUGUAGGAUGUGAAAGGUGCAAGUGUAAUCCAAUUGGCUCGUCGUCCAUCGCGUGUCAUCCAAUCACAGGGCAGUGUGUGUGUCGCACAGGAGUGGAAGGGAGAUUGUGCGAUCUGUGCCGCGUGGGCUUCUUUGGAUUCUCUUCUCAAGGUUGCAGAGCCUGUAACUGUGACCCUAUGGGCUCCAUAUCCAUGCAGUGUCACAGAAACGGCACCUGCCACUGUCGCCAGGGCUUUGUGGGUUACAAAUGUGACAAAUGUGAGUUGAACUAUUUCCACAACCGAGCCACGCACCAGUGUGAGGAAUGCCCAGUUUGCUAUGGCCUCGUCAAGAAACAGGCGGAAAAGCUGAAGACUCGCCUGCAGGAUUUGGAGAAGCUCCUGGCUCACUUUGAUUGCCGGGGUAGAUUUGGGAAGCAGCACCACCUGCUGAAGUAUCACCUAGCCAGGCUUUAUGAGCCUGAUCACCAGCGGGAGGACACUCUACCCAACGCUCUGGAGGAUUUCCUGGCAUUUCAAGAAGCUCGAGAGGCCUUCAUAAAGCAAUUUUCCUCGCUGGAAGGUUCUACGGGCGCGCUCUUAGCCCAGCUGCAUGGCAUUACAACCACUUUGAACUGCAGCAUCAGCAUGACAGAGGAAGCGGGGAAGGAUGAAGGGAGCAGCGCUGUGUGUCAGACCCUCACAGACACUGUGCUCAUGAUCAGAAUAUCUCAGAAACAGCUAAAGCAGGCAAUAGUGGACCUGGACACCAUGAUCAUUCCUUUUGAUCUUGUGUCAGGACCUAACAAAUGGAACAUAAUGGUCAAUGACUCACAGGUCCUAAUGCAAAGACACAAAGAAACAGCUGACCACAUUGAGGCCGUUGCCCACAGGGCGGUGAGAGCCUCAAAGCAAACCUUGGCCUUCCUGAUGGAUCUCCUGCAGGACAACUCCACCGAGGAGUACAUCAGGAACCUAACAGAGCGAAUAACACAAAUGCAGCAGCAGAAGGAGAAUCUGACAGCGCAGGUGAACGCUACUGUUGCCAAACAGCUGUCCCUGGAGAAGGAAGCUGCCGGUAUAAAGCUUGCCCUGGGUAACAUCACAUCAUCCUUACAUCAGCUGGCUCUGACAGAUGCCAGCCCAUCACCAGAGCCCGACCAAACACAGCUCAACCGAACACAUCCCACCAACCACACAGCACAGUGGGGUGAUGACUUGAUGAAAAAGACGAAAGAGCUGGAGCAGCAAAUUCAGACCAAAGAUGAUCUCAUCAGUAAAAUCACAGACGGGGUGGAGCCUCUGAAAGAGACGGUCAGUGUGAAUCUGAAGAGCGUGGAUGGCAUCAGUGAGCUUCAAGCUCAUGCUCAAGGCGCAAAGGUCUUGGCUCUGUCGUCCGUGGUGGCUGGGAAAGAGGUGGAAUCAGAAGCCAUUUACCUUCACAAAGAAUUAGAAAACAUGGUGAGGGAGUGGCCCCUUCGGCAGGCCCAGACCAAGGCUGCAAUUAAGAAGGAGAGACCCCUCGAGGAAAAGGUCCUGGCUGAUGUCAGGAAAAGGGUCUCGCAGAUCAAGGAGAUGCUAAAACCAGCUCUGGAAAACUCCAGCCUCUCCAGCAACACCAUAAAAGAGGCAGAAAAAACAGCAAAGAAUGCAGCAAAGCAAUCCAAGGCCGUUUUGACCCAGGCCAAACACACCAGGACUGCGUCCGCUCACCUUAGUUCCCAUAUUGACUCUGCUUUACAACAGCUGGCUGAACAGGAGACGCUAACUGACAUAGCAAAGUCCCAAAUCCCUUCAGAGUCCGAGGUAUCCCUAAACAACAUGAGGGACGACAUGGAAGCAGCCAAGCUCCAGUUGGAGACCUACUCUGUCACACUAACUGACCUAAUCAGUAAAAUUGAUGCCAACUUGCCGCUGGAGCGCUUCGACCGAAUCCUGAACGAGACAGCGCGUCGCCUAAGCAUGCUCCGCGGAAGCGUGGAGAGCCCGACGCUGGGCUCGAAGAUCCAGAAGCUGCAGUCGGCUGCUAAGGAGCAGCAGAGCCGGCUGUCCCUCAUUGAACAGGAUUUACAGGAGAUCACGGAGGAGAGAGACAGUCUCAGGGAUAUUACUUUAAACUUGCCUCAGUCCUGCCCCCAGGCUUCAGGAGCAGGCAAAGGGUAGGUCCUGAGGAUGAUGGGGGGAUUUAGUUAUUGAUAAGACAGUUGAACAUCAGAAAAGUCUGGGAGGAUUUUGUUAAUAAAAGGAUCUGUGGUCAUUUUUUUAUACCGCUUCAAAAAAGUCAAUGAUAUCCUUUUAUAUUCUUUCUUCAUCCACCUUUUGCCCAAAGGUACAAUUUACUAUCACUGCAUCCACACACACACACACACACACACACACACACACACACACACUUCUACCAUAAGCUACAGAAAUCUACAAGGUCUCUUAAGAUUUAAGACACAAACAACAUCCAAACUUUAAUUUCACCAUCAACAAUAACCCAACGCUCUGAACUGCUGGAGUGCACUGUCAAGUUUAAAAUAAUGCUGAUUUUCCUUUGCGGAGGUAAAAGGUGUGUCUGAGUGCUCUUCCAGACUGACACGUUCAUUUACACUUGAGCUCUUUUUCAUCAGCGUGGCUUAAUUAACAAUUAGUCCUCUUGGCCUCUGUGGGGUUGGGGUCAGGCUUCAACAGCACACUACCCGUGUUCAGGAGUCGUACUUACUUACAGUGCCUACCUCUCUGUUUUUAUAGUUCCUCCAUGUUUCUGCCUCUGUCAAAAGCUCAAACAUCCCCUGUCUGUGGGUCACGUUUAGUCACGAUGACGAGACUUUGGAAAUGGUGACAGACUUAAAUUAUGUAAGAGAGAUUUUUCUGUUCUUACAAAAGCUGAAUUACUGAUAAGGAAUGAGAAUAGAGACUGACAAAUACACAUCAACAUCUAAUUUUAAUCAUUAUAAACCUUUUCAAAGUAAAGUGUUUUUGAGAAAGUGUAAUUACAUACCAAAAUGUAAUUUGUUAUGGAAAGUGUUGCAUGAUGGUGAAGGUACAUUUAACUGAUAAAAAAGCUUGAAAUUGUAGAUAGUGGUUCAAGGAACACUCAGAAAACAAACAAUUAAAGAAGUAUUCAAUGCUUGGAGCAC